AUGGCCGACCGUCUGUCCCAGAUCGCAGGCCACCUGCAGAGCGGCAAGCUCCUCCAGAACCAGGUCGCCAUCAUCACCGGCUCCGCCCAGGGCAUCGGUGCCGAGGCCGCGCGCCUCUUCGCCGCGGAGGGCGCCAAGGUCGUCAUCUCCGACAUUGACGCCGCCAAGUCCCAGGCCACCGCCGACGCCAUCAAUGCGGCCGGCGGCAAGGCCCUUGCCGUGCCCGGCGACCUGCUGAAGCAGGCGUACAUUGACGAGCUCGUCAAGAAGGCCGCCGAGUUUGGCAACGGCAAGAUCCACAUCCUGGUCAACAACGCCGGCUACACCUGGGACGGCGUCAUCCACAAGAUGAGCGACAAGCAGUGGGACACCAUCCUGGACCUGCACACCAAGGCGCCCUUCCGCCUGAUCCGCGCCGCCGCCCCCUACUUCCGCGUCACCGACGGCGAGCGCCGCAACAUUAUCAACAUCUCCUCGACCUCGGGCAUCAACGGCAACGCCGGCCAGGCCAACUACUCCCUGGCCAAGGCCGGCGUCACCGGCCUCAGCAAGACCCUGGCCAAGGAGUGGGGCCCCAAGUUCGGCGUCCGCGUCAACACCGUCGCCUUUGGCCACAUCCUGACCCGCCUGACCCAGGCCAAGGAGAAGGGUGCCUUCGUGGUCGGCCCCGACGGCGAGAAGAUCGCCCUGGGCAUCCCGACCGCACCCGCUGCCGUCCAGGAGGCUGCCAACGCCGACAUUCCCCUGCGCCGGCCAGGCAGCGCCACCGAGGCCGCCAGCGCCGUCCUGGCCGUGGCCAGCCCGCUGUUCGACUACGUUACUGGCCAGACCAUCAUGGUUACUGGUGGCCGCAACUGCUAA